AAGAACAAAAGCAAAAUAACGAAAGUUCAGAAAUGCAGAGGCAGUUUUGCUUAUAAAUAAGAGAGCAAUGUCUCAGAGGGACUUGCAGGUUGGUUGGGGCAGUUGAGUUGGUUAGGCAGCUUAAAAUGGCUUUUUCUGUUCCCUUCCCCUCUUACUUUACUCUGAUCCUCCUCUGUUUCUUUACCUCCCUGUUCCCCUGCAAUGCCUUUCCAUCCCAACAAUACCACCACCCUAACCAUCGUCACUUUGCUCGUCACAACUACAGAGAUGCUCUCACCAAAUCAAUCCUCUUCUUUGAAGGACAAAGAUCUGGGAAGCUCCCUUCUAACCAGAGGAUAACAUGGAGAAGAAACUCUGGUCUCUCCGAUGGCUCGGCCAUGCAUGUUGAUUUGGUGGGAGGAUAUUAUGAUGCUGGGGAUAAUGUGAAGUUCGGGUUUCCCAUGGCUUUCACGACCACCAUGCUUUCAUGGAGUGUUCUCGAGUUUGGUGGACUGAUGAAGGGCGAGUUACAGAACGCAAGGAUCGCCAUUCGUUGGGCUACUGAUUACCUUCUCAAAGCUACCUCUCACCCCGACACCAUUUACGUUCAGGUUGGUGAUGCUAACAAGGAUCAUGCUUGUUGGGAGAGACCCGAAGACAUGGACACUCCAAGAAGUGUUUUCAAGAUUGACAAAAGCAACCCUGGUUCGGAUGUAGCUGCAGAAACUGCUGCUGCUCUUGCAUCUGCUUCUUUGGUCUUUAGAAGAUCUGACCCCUCUUACUCCAGGCUUCUCCUUACAAGAGCUAUCAGGGUGUUUGCUUUUGCUGACAAGUACAGAGGCUCCUACAGCAAUGGUCUGAAACCAUAUGUCUGCCCUUUCUACUGCUCUUAUUCAGGUUAUCAGGAUGAACUGUUGUGGGGAGCUGCCUGGUUACACAGAGCCACCAGAAACCGGGCUUAUUUGAACUACAUUCAAGUCAAUGGGCAGACCCUUGGAGCAGAUGAAUCAGACAACAUAUUUGGAUGGGAUAACAAGCAUGUUGGAGCACGUAUUCUUUUAUCCAAGGCAUUUCUUGUCCAAAAGGUGCAAGCCCUCCAUGAUUACAAAGGCCAUGCAGAUAACUACAUAUGUUCUCUCAUUCCUGGGAACCCAUUCUCUCAAUCCCAAUACACCCCAGGAGGACUGCUGUUUAGGAUGAGUGACAGCAAUAUGCAGUAUGUGACCUCCACUUCAUUUCUUCUGUUAACUUACGCAAAGUACUUGACCACUGCUCACAAGGUGGUCAGCUGCGGUGGAAUGACGGUCACCCCAAAGAGGCUCCGGACCAUCGCCAAGAAACAGGUGGACUACCUGCUGGGAGACAACCCAUUGAAGAUGUCCUACAUGGUGGGGUACGGAGCAAGGUACCCACAGAGGAUACACCACAGGGGGUCAUCACUGCCGUCCAUCGCCGUUCAUCCAGCCAAGAUCCAAUGUUCCUCUGGGUUCAGUGCACUGAAAUCGCCGGCCCCAAAUCCCAACAUCCUGGUCGGAGCAGUCGUCGGUGGGCCUGACCAACACGAUCAGUUCCCGGACCAGAGAACCGACUACGAGCAAUCGGAGCCUGCCACUUACAUCAACGCUCCCUUGGUGGGUGCACUUGCAUAUCUAGCUCACUCCUUUGGCCAGCUCUGAUGUACAAGACGUCAAGAGCAAGAGAGAAGCAAGCACAAGGCAGAAGCACACCAUUUAACUUUCUUUGGCCUCUUUUAAUUUAUAUAAUUUUUAACUUUAGAGGAUGUAAUUGGAUGGAGGGGGUUAUAGAUUAUAAGUUUAUAGAGUCCAGGUGUCUAAAGCCCCACUGCCAUAUCUAACGAUAUGAUCCAGCAGACACUUAGACAAGGAAUCUAUUUUUAUAUAUAGUUAACCAUACUUGGUUAUAGGAUCGAUGGAUGGCUUGAUAUUGCGUGUUUGGGUUUGGUGCCGGAAAUGGGAAUGGCAUUUGUUAUUUAUCAAAACAUAUAUAAGUAAUGUAUGUAUUGGGACUUGUAUUUUGUCUGUAUGCUUGUAUUGUAUUGUACGGCAGAGAGAGUGUGCACUGUGGAGUAUGGAAUUGAACAAGAUAUCCCUUCCAACUUGGAGGAGUUAUUACUUAA